AUGGCCAUGAGGAUGAAAGUAAUACGGAGCAGCAGAAGAAAACCAUUACCUCACAAAACGAGUGCCUAUUUCAUCCCAAUAGUGGUAAUUGGACAGAUAUGUAACCUUUACUUUUCCAAGUCGCCUGAAGAGAGAAUUAACCUGCUCAAGGACAAGUCAGCGUGUUGGUCAUGCCUGAGAGUUGGUCAUCGAGUAGCGGAAUGCAAGAGAAAGAAAGCCUGCGGUGAAAAUGGAUGCAAAGGGACACAUCACAAAACUAUUCACAUGGAACGAAAGAGUGGCUUUGCCGCUGCUUGUGGUGAUAUGACCAACAGUACUUGCCUCUUACAGAUCCAAAGAAUCAAAAACAGCAAAUUUAAAGGGUAG